UCAUCUCAGUGUGUGUGUGACUGCAGCCUGAUUAACACACCCUCCUCCUGCUCACCAUCACACACACACACACACGCUCCUGAACACAAACAAUUUAACUUUUUAUAAACUUUUUCUUGCGUAAAUCCGCCAUUAUGGAUCUGGACCCGGCCGUUAUCAUUCCCGCAAUCCUCUUCACCGUCGUCGCCAUCUACUUCGCUUCGUCGCUCCUGAGCAAGAAGCCCGACGCCUCCUCCUCAGCCGGGAAAAAGAAGCCCAAAGUCGGCUACGGAGAUGACAUCCCUCCCUCCAGAGCUCUGGGUCAACAUCUCCCACCGGCGCCCAAACCCGAGCCUCCUGCCCCGGCUGUGGAGACGAUUAAACCCGUUGAAAAGAUCCAGGAGACACCAGUGAAGGCUGCCCCAGAACCAGUUCCUGAACCAGUUAAAGUACCAGAGCCUGUACCAGAACCAGAGCUUGUACAGGAAACAAUUGCAGUAGAAGAAGUAGCUGCAGUGCCAGAACCUAUCCCAGAACCAGAGCCAGUAUCAGAACCCGAACCCGUCCCUGAACCUGCUGCAGUCCCAGAACCAGAACCAGUACCGGAGCCUGAACCAGUCCCUGAACCUGAAGUAGUCGUAGCAGAGCCUGAACCAGAGCCCGUGGUCGAGCCUGAACCCGAACCCGAACCCGAACCCGUUGUGGAGGAGUCCCUACCUGAGCUGAUCCAGGAAUCCACAGAAGACCGCUUCCCCACCCCUGAACCUCUCGUAGAGGCGUCACCUGAGCCCGAACCUGAACCAGAACUAGAGGCCGACCUGGACAACGACGUGGCCGCAGCUGAAGAUUCAGUGAAGUUCACUCCGGGAAAGAAACAGAGCAAGUUUGAGACGCUGAUGACCAAGGAGGAGAUCGAAGAGGAGCAGAGGAUAGAGCUUACAUCUGAUUUUACUUCUCUAUAAUCAACCUCAGCAGACACACAGGGUGUUAGGAAGGACAUGGGUGCAACAGGAGCAGCUGGCGGCCAUCUUUCUUCUGCUGAGGGAGAACCAGGAGGCGCUGGGGGAGGUGACGGAGGGAGACAUGGAGGAGCAGAUGAAGCUGUACUCGCUCUGAGACGCACUUUAAACUCUAAACACCUGAAUGUAAAUACAUUUUAAAUAAAACCUGUGGAUGUAAAGAUGGAGUCUGGAGGACGAUUCAGAUUUUUUUUCAGGCGUUCACUUUUAUAUCCAACAGCAAUUUUUUCUGAUCAAUGUUGCAACGAAGAUGAUGAUGAUGAUGAUGAUGACGCUGACGCUGUAAAUUAGAGUUAUUUAAAUAUGACGGGGAAUCGAUGAAAUGUCUUCUGGGUUUUACUUUUAUUAGGGGUCUGUUUCUUUCUUUUAAAGCCGUUUUGGACGCCCCUCGGUUUGCCAGGCAAACAUCAAACCAGCAGGUGUUGCACAUCAUGUUGUCCAUAUUAGGGACUGUUUCUGAGCUUCCCGCCAUUUUUACUUCUCUCAAACGUCUCAAACGUCUCAAACGUCUCGACUCUGACACUCGGAUAUCAUCGACUCUUCACUCUCGUAAUUACGACUUUGGAGGGUUGUUCAUGUGCUCAUAACGGCACAUGGAGGCAGCGUAGGACUACAAAAUCAUGUUCGGCUGUGAGUGGUGCAUUUUGGGUAAUGUAGUGUUUUGUGAAUGUCUGUGUUUCCCUCAUGUUUUCCCCAGAUAGAUCAUGUUGAUUUGGCUUUUGUGUGUAGGUUUAUUAAUGUUUUUAUUUGAGUUUCAUUUUAAAUCGAUUGUAUUUUUUUUCUUAUGUUUAUAAAUGUAAAAACAUUUUGACUGUAGGGUUGUGAUUAUGUUGAUUUAAUUUCACUGAAAAGUUCAUUUUUAGAGGAGGAGAAGAAGAAGAAAAACAUAUCAAGGUCGUGUUCUGGUUUCCAACUAAAGCAAAGCUGACGGAAACAAACAGGCCUCUGUACAAAUAUACUUGAAAUAAAUCCAUGUGUGGAGAGAAAGG